UCGUCUAGGAUUCACACAAUAGCAACAGAACGAGAAAUUACCGUCGUGAAAACUUUGAUAGUCGUAUUGUGUCAUUGUCCCGACUUUUGUGACUGAAUAAUUUCAUGUUUACGUAUUUAUAGAAGUAGAGAUUGCAACUUGAUAAUAAUGGCGCAAACGUCACAGCCGAAGUUGUCGUUGGAGGACGCAAAAGCUGUCCUUCAGAAGGUCUUGGAUGCCUUUGUGACACCGGAGAACAAGACGCGCAUGGAGGAGGUCAAGGACGCAGCGGGUAACGACAUGAUGAAGAUGAUGCAGAUUGUGUUUCCCGUGGCAACGCAAAUCCAGAUGGAAGUCAUUCAGAAGUAUGGUUUCUCGGCCGAUGGAGAAGGUGCGGUAAAAUUUGCCCAGCUGAUCCGCCACUACGAGACCAUGGACAGCACGGUGGCCGAACUCUCGACCCAACUCAAGGCCAUCUUCCUACCCCCGCUACCACCACCCACUGCAUCACAGAGUCAAGCCUCGGUAACGUCAUCCUCGUGAUGUCAAGAAACAAAACAAGUUGACCCUGUCCUGCUUGUAAGAGUGAAGAGACUCGAACUGUUUUGAUGUCUGAUAGAUCUCCAAGUUUUGUACCAGUCAAGAGUCUGGCUGGAGAUUGGAAGACUACCAAGCAGACUUUUUGCCAAUAUGUAGGAACAUUAAAAUGUCAAACUAUUGGCCAUCUUGGCAAACUAUUGACCAUUUGUGGCUGACCAUUGACCAUCUUUGGCAAAAAAUUGACCGUCUCUGGCAAACUAUUGACUGUCUCUGGCAACUAUUGACCAUCUCUUACAACUAUUGACCACCCAUGGCAUAAAAAUAUUGGCUAUCUCUGGCAAACUACCGACUAUUUGUGGCUGACUAUUGACCAUCUUUGGCAAACUAUUGACCGUCUGUGAAACUGUUGACUAUCUCUGGCAACUAUUGACCAUCCAUUACAACUAUUGACCAUCCAUGGCCAAAUAAAAUUGGCCAUCUCUGGCAAACUAUUAACCAUUUGUGGCUGAUUUUUGACCAUAUUUGGCAACUUAUUGACUGUCGCUGGCAACUAUUGACCAUCUAUUACAACUUCUGACCAUCUAUGGCCAAACAAAUGGCCAUUUCUGGCAAACAAUUGACCAUAUGUGGCUGGCUAUUGACCAUCCAUGGCAAACUAUUGACCAUCUUUGUAAACUAUUGACUCUCUCACCAUCUCUUACAACUAUUGAUCGACCAUCUCUUGCAACUAUUGACCAUCCAUUGCAAAAAAUUGCCAUGUGUGGCUGACUAUUGACCAUCUUUAGCAAACUAUCGAAUCUCUUUGGCAAACUAUUGACCAUGUCUGCCGUAAAGUCUCUGCAGACUAAAUGACAUUGUUACUUUCGUUGUAAACAUAAAGAAGAAUAUCAUCACAUUAGGUUUAAAAAGUGCAUUCUUGCCUCAUCCUUGCCUUUUCUCGCCUUUUCUCUUAGUCUUUUGACAAGAGUCGGCUUGCCUAGUUGAGCUGCACCCAAAUGUCUGUUUAGGACAUUAUUUAUACUCCGUGAUUCAGACAGUCAGCCAGUCAGAGGAAAACAGGCUGACCCUCCAGGCCUGACAAAAACAUUUUAGUAUGCAACUUUGCUAUAUUAAACUUGAUACUUCUUUGAUCAAAUCAUCAUCAUAAUCUUGUCCAUUACCCAUUGUAUGCAGAGCCACUUGAAAGUACACUUUGCACUCGUGUUGUGUUAGUCAUCAACUCAAAGUGGAUGUUACAAUAAAUGAAGAAAUAUGA